AUGGAUUCGCAGGUCCAAACGGGCAGCACCGGCACUCCUGAUGCCCGGCAGCCAGUCGACGCGACGCUCUAUCCGUCCCUCGAGCAAUGGGCAUCAACAUCUUUUCAAACCCCCACCAGUCGUGAAGUAUUGAGUGUAUCGUCUCUGGUCCCCUCCACCGUCCUCACGCUCGUGCCUCACUACGAGCCCUCGUCGAACGGAGGCGUGUCCCCGGAGCCUCCGGCGUGUCGUGGCGUAACGCCGGAGCCUGAACGUUCAGGGACCUUCUCUCCUCCCUAUGAGGAACCAGAGGGAGGAGAUGAAGAAAUCCGGCCUUCAUCACUUCCCUGCGCUGAUAUUCUCCAGGAAGUUCAGCAGAGGAAAGCGUCAGAUGGAGGCCCGCUGGAGGAGGGGUCGGUGGGUCUCAUGAUACCCAAAGCUGAUGAGGAGCAAGAGUCAGUGCCUCAAGCCUGCACAUCCCGUGAGCUGUUCCUGUUUGUGAGCUUCCUAAUGAUCAUCAAUCUGAUCACCACCUCUGCUAUCUUAGUCAAGUUCCUUGUCUUCCCCUCCGAGUUUGGGGAUUUGUUUCCUCCUUGUGGCGGGAAGGGGAACUGCAGUGUCCCGACUCAGCCGCCUUUUCUGUCGAAGAAUCCUGUCAACCAGACGGACAACAUCACUGCAGACUGCCCAGUUCUGCUUAGUGAUGGCCGGCGUAUUGUUGGGGGCACGUUGGCCGCCAAGGACAAGUGGGUCUGGCAGGUCAGCAUGCAGUGGAGAGGGAAGCACGUCUGUGGAGGGGCCAUCAUCUCCCCCCGCUGGGUCAUCACUGCAGCUCACUGCUUUGUUGAGUAA